UGGUGGCGGCGGGGCGACUGGCACGGGAGGGAUUCGAGGUCACACUACUGGAGGCUAACUCCCAGGUGGGUGGUCGCUGCCAGGGUCUGCAGCGGGGCCGCUACCGCUUCGACCCGGGUCCCUCCCUGCUGCUGCUGCCGGAGCUGUACCGGGCCACGUUCGAGGCGCUGGGAACCAACAUGUCGCAGCAGGUCCCGGUGGUGCGGGUGGCCCCGGCGGCAUACCGGGUGUUCUUUCAGGGUGCCGGCUCACUGGACCUGCUGUACGACGUGCAGCGCAUGGUGGAGCAGCUGGAAGGGGUGGAGCGGGGGGCGGGUGCCGCCUACCUGUCCUGGCUGGCCGCCUCCCGCGCCGCCCUGCAGCUGGGGCUGGAGGGCUUCAUGGCUCGGGACCUGCGGGGGCCGGGGGAGCUGCUGGGGAC